AAAAAUUGUAAAAUAGAAAAAUUUACAUUAAAAAAAGGGGAAAAAGGUAGGUUUAUAAAGUUAAUAAAAAGGAGCCACACCAAAAUUCGGUGUCUAUGCAUUGCACCAGAACAUUUCUUAUAAAGUUGCAACAAGCAAAAGCCGGUAAUGGGGUCCCGCACUGACCGUUGGUGUUUUCUCCUCUUAACAAAAACGCGUUCUCAGUAAAACCGAAAAUUAUCUUACCUUCUUCUUCCUCAAACCCUAACCCUAACCCUAAUUUUCAAUUCCCAUCUUUACUUCUUCCCAUUCACCAUCAUUCCUAUUUUGACCUUCUCCACAUAUCUUACUUUGAUCUAUAAUUAAUCCAUGGAAAGCUUCAUUUCUUGUAUAUCCCGCCAGAUCUACAUGGUUAAUCGUAACCACCUGUUUUAUAUGAUAUAAUUAUUUGGUUUUAUGAUCGAAUUAAUUUCUGGAUUUUGAGUGGUGGAUCAAUUUGGGGGGAAAUUUUUGGCUGGGUCCUGACAAUGUCAAACUUGUAUGGGGAUUUUAAUCAAAAGAUUGAUUAUGUAUUCAAAGUGGUUUUGAUUGGGGAUUCAGCAGUUGGGAAAUCUCAGCUGCUGGCUCGUUUCGCCAGGAACGAAUUCAGUGUGGAUUCAAAAGCCACAAUUGGUGUUGAAUUCCAGACUAAAACCCUUGCCAUUGAUCACAAGACUGUUAAAGCGCAGAUUUGGGAUACUGCUGGACAAGAAAGGUACAGGGCUGUGACAAGUGCAUACUACCGAGGAGCCGUAGGGGCGAUGUUAGUUUAUGACAUGACCAAGCGUCAAUCUUUUGAUCACAUGGCAAGGUGGCUAGAGGAAUUGAGGGGCCACGCUGAUAAGAAUAUUGUUAUCAUGCUCAUUGGCAACAAGUGUGACUUGGGGAGCCUGAGGGCAGUCCCAACUGAAGAUGCACAAGAGUUUGCUCAAAGAGAGAACCUGUUCUUCAUGGAGACAUCAGCUCUAGAAUCUACCAAUGUUGAAACCGCAUUUUUUACAGUUCUAACAGAGAUAUAUCGAAUAAUCAGCAAGAAAACCCUUACUGCUAAUGAUGAGUUAGAUCCCAAUGGCAGUUCAGGUCUUCUUAAGGGAACCCGGAUUAUUGUUCCUAAUCAGGAGCAGCGAACAGAAAGGAAAGGCGGCUGCUGUGGAUCAUCCUAAUGUUGACAGCCCACCUUUGUUAUUAUUGAUUUUUUUUUUUUACCAAACUAUGUAUUGAUAUAUUUUUGCCAUGUUUUUGAUUUGUUAAUUUAGGUUUAUUUUUGUGUAAUUCUUAAGCAAAAUAUAUUAGUAUUUUGUAGGAAAAGGUUAUUAAUACUCUUGGUUGACAGAACGAGAUACUGAUCAGCUCAUUAAAUUGGAGUGAAUAUAUAUAUAUAUAUAUAAUAUUUAAGCGGAAUUUAUA